AUGGCUUGCAGCCAUUAUUCAAAUAACUGCUUGGUUAAAUUUGAAUGCUGUAAAAAACUGUAUCCAUGCAGACUAUGCCAUGACAAGGCAGAGAGCCAUAAGGCUAACAGGUACGAAAUUAACCAAAUGAUGUGCAUGGGAUGCAGCCUAUUGCAGCAGAAAGCACAUUCAUGCAUUCAAUGUUUCGUAGAAGUCUCUAAGUACUUCUGCCCUAAGUGCAACCUAUGGGACAGCUCUGAUAGCCAGAUAUUCCAUUGCAACAAAUGCAACGUCUGUAGAAGAGGAGAUCCUAAGACUUCUUUUCAUUGUGAUGCCUGCCAUACGUGCCUUGUUGCUACAGGAUCAAAGAACCAUACACAUGUAGAAAAUACCACCUCUGGAAAUUGCCCUAUAUGUGCAGAGGACAUGCUUGGAAGCGUGGAGAUUCUUGUUCUCCUCAGAUGUGGGCAUUCCUUACACGAAAGAUGCUUCAAUGAGUUUAUAAGAGAAACCUACACAUGUCCUAUAUGCUCUAAGCCAAUAGGAGACACGUCUACGAUCAACAAGAAAGUCGAGCACCUUCUCGAAAUGGAGCCUUUUUAUCCAGGAAAAGAGGCUAAAAACAUUGCCAAGUGCAGUAAUUGCAAUAACCUAUCAAGCUGUAAAUCUACAUGGGACAAGUGCCCUUUUUGUGGUUUCCACGGCAUUGUAUCAACUACAAGCCAAGAAACAUGCAAGAAGCUGUAA